AUGCCUGUUCAGCAGUCUGACUCAGCUGCGUCUCAAGAAACGACGCACCUAGACGUCAAGCGGCUACCAGAUGGAGAAAUCCAGUCAAAGAGUCGGACGAAUAGAGCAAAAUACGAACAGAGCACACUUGGAUCCAGCCCAAACGACGACCGACGAACGUUUAGUCAUGCACACACUCGCGCACCAUCCCGAUAUCAGGGGAGUGAAGCUGGAGCAAUUCAAGACGAUGGAGGUACAUUCUACUCGUACAAUUCUACAAGGGACGUGCGACUGUUUGUCAAGGAGAUGCAUGGCCGGAUCUGGAAUAGUAUGAACGAGAUGUAUAUAUUACCUUCGGACGAUACCGAGUGGCACCGUUUGAACCGGCAGCACCUAGCGCAUAUCAUCGGUCUUGGUGGACUGUAUCCAUGUCCAGAGCAAGUCGAAACGCGCCUUGCACCAGCUGAAGGCGAACCGAAACAAAUUCUCGACGUCGGUUGUGGUACUGGGAGCUGGGCACUUGAGAUGGCUGAGCGCUUCCCACAUACCCUCGUCACGGGUAUCGAUCUUGCACCUACGCCACUCGAUACCGACCGUUUCCCGUCCAACCUCUAUAUCGAAAUCGACGACGUCAAUAAGGGCCUUUCACACUUUCAUAACCAAUUCGACCUCGUGCAUAUGCGCUGCGUUUCGGGUGGCAUCAGUGACAUUGACAAAGUACUGCUCGAUUUGCAGCUUUGUCUAAAGCCGGGUGGGAUAUUGAUCAUCAUUGAUGGAUGGACUGCCUUUAUGAGUGACCUGGAUACUGUCGUAAGACUACGAAGGCUCAACGGAGACGAGGCUGACGCGACGGCCACAAGCGAGGAUGAAGCGAUUCAAGCCAAUCAGCUUGCAGGAGCGACCGUAGACCGUGCGCGGGAGCUCCUUGCUGCUGGACUCUGGGGCCAGCCAUAUUGUGACCCUUCGUCGAUAGUUAACGGAAGUUACUUUAUUCCCAUCGGUCCAUGGGCCCGAGGAAGUAACGUCUCGCAAACACAACAGCUCCAAUACGGCGGGUUGCUUAUGCGGCAAUCACUCAGCAGUCUCCAUCGCGCCUUUCAUUUCAUUCUCGUUCGAUACGGCUUGACCCAGGACGUCCUCGAUAGGUGGUCUCGGGAGAUUGACAAUGAGCUGGAAACAUCGCGCUGCAGGUCGUGGGUGCGAUUCUACUUCAACUUUGCUCGACGACGACAGGACGACAUAACUUCCAGCCCCAUUCCUCUACUGAAAACAGAGCCAAAAUCACGUGAUCAGAACAGCUAUCCCGCAUUCGAGAUUUUCUAUAAUAAAGACGAAGCAUUGGCCGCAGAGAAAAGGAGGAUGGGGACAUGGGGGAAACUGCCAACCGCUCAAGUGGAGAGGGCAUGGUUACAAAGUCAAGCGCUUUAG